GAUCGCAGGCGGGAGUUUGGAACCCUGAGAAGGGGGGUUUGGGACCAGUGUGAGUAAUGGAUCUUGGAAGGCACUUUGGGUAGGUUGAGUUCGCCUUUGCAAGGCAUUUAGGCUGAGUAUAAUUUUUUGAGGUCCUCCCAGUUUAGAGACGCCCAACUCUAAGCUGGUUGCAUUCCUCCUCGCUUGGAAAAAGAAUCCCCAAAAACUUUACGCUUCCCAUUUUUGUUUAAUUUGUUGUUGGGCCAUGUAAAAACAAAAUCUCGAGGAGAAAGUUACAAAGGAACAGUCGCUUUUUGAAGGUUUCAUCGUCUUUUGAGAGAAGGAACGACAUACCGUUGGCAGGCCCUGUGGAUGAAGAUGUGGCUACCGUUCUUGGCAUUGCUGCUGACCAGCGGGGCCUUCAUUGAACCUGUGAGAGGACAAGCUUUAGAUUACAGCCCUGAUGAUCUGCUGCCCACUCCUGGCCCCCCUGGAUGCACAGAGAAGCUGGAAUGUCCAAUCAGUGUGUACUUUGUCCUCGACACUUCGGAGAGUGUGGCCCUGCAGUCCCGUAUCCAUGGCAACCUGGUCACCAGCACCAAAGAGUUCACCAGACGCUUUGUAGAGAGAGUGACAGACGGGGUCUUCAAGGCCAAUGUGGAAAUCAUCUGGGAGUUUGGAGGGUUACACUUCUCUGACGAGGUGUUGGAAUUCAGCCGCAUAACCCCCGUCAAAAGAAACUUCCUAUCAGCUCUGGACGGAGUUGAUUACAUCGGCCGUGGCACCAUCACAGACUGUGCCCUGAGGAACAUGACCAACAACAUAAAGCAGCAGGGCCGGCCCGAUACCCGCAUCCGUUUUGCCAUCGUCGUCACCGAUGGUCAUGUGACAGGAAGCCACUGUGGUGGCAUCCAGCCUGUAGUUGAGAAAGCCAGGGACUUCGGCAUCAGGGUGUUUGCCGUCGCUACUGAUGACAUACGCGCCAAGGUGGAUCCCAGCUUUGAGCAAACCCUCAAGACCAUUGCUAACUUCCCGCACGAGCUGUACCGAAAUAAUUACACAGCCACAUCUGCCUUCGAUCUGAAACAACCCGAAAAUACAAUUGAUCGAAUCAUUCAAGUCAUGAAAACAGAAGCCUUCAAUGAUUGUUACAAGAGGAAGUGUCUGUCGUUUACUGGAGGUCUUGGUCCGAAGGGCUUCAAAGGACGGAAGGGAGAAAAGGGAGGAACUGGUCCCACUGGUGACCCAGGUCCACCAGGUCGUCAGGGUGAUCCCGGUAUUGAAGGACCCAUCGGCUUCCCUGGUCCUAAGGGUUAUCCAGGAUUGAUGGGAGACAAGGGUGAAAUGGGAACUGAUGGAAAGAGGGGUAUCGCUGGAUUGCCAGGUCGAGAUGGGAUUGACGGACAGAAGGGAAAGCUGGGACGUAUUGGACCUCCAGGAUGCAAAGGAGAUCCUGGUGACGUGGGACCCCCUGGCUACCCAGGAGAUGCUGGUGAGAGAGGAUUCCCUGGUGAUCCUGGGACUAAGGGAGAUGUUGGACGUCCAGGAAGAAGUGGCCCUCCUGGACCUUCAGGAGACAAAGGUGCCGAGGGGCCAGUUGGACCUCCUGGGCGUCCUGGACUCAUGGGCCAGAAGGGAAUAAAGGGAGUCAAAGGAACUCCAGGCCCUAAAGGAGAUGUGGGCCGCCGAGGUGACACUGGACCCAAAGGAGCACCUGGAACAAGAGGGAGCGCAGGAGAAAAGGGUGAUGUUGGAAUGGAAGGUAGUGCGAGGUUUGCCAGGGAAGCUGGACUGAAAGGAGAGAAGGGAGAUGUUGGCCUCCCAGGACCAAGAGGAGCCCCAGGUGUGCCUGGAGGAUCAGGUUUGAAUGGAUCACGAGGAGACACAGGCGAGGUUGGACCAAGAGGUGACCCUGGACCUCCCGGCCCCAAGGGUGACAAAGGAAGGCAAGGAUUCAGUUUCCCAGGACCCAGAGGAGACCAGGGUGAUGAAGGGGUGCAAGGACCUGAUGGGUACAUGGGUACCAAAGGAGAAAUGGGACGCAAAGGACAGCAAGGAAUCAAGGGGAUCAUUGGUGAAAAGGGUGAUCCUGGACCAAUGGGUGAGCCAGGAGAGAGAGGGCGACCAGGAGAACCAGGACAAACAGGUACCCACGGGCCUCCAGGCGACCCUGGUCUAACAGACUGUGAUGUGAUGACGUACAUCCGGGAGACGUGUGGAUGUUGCGACUGUGAGAAGCAGUGUGGACCACUGGAUAUUGUGUUCGUCAUUGACAGUUCAGAGAGUAUUGGGCUAACCAACUUCACCUUGGAAAAGAAUUUUGUCAUCAACACUGUGAGCCGAUUGGGCACAUUAGCCAAAGACCCCAAGUCUAAAACAGGAGCCCGUGUUGGCGUCGUCCAGUACAGCCACAAUGGAACGUUUCAAGCAGUACAGCUCAACGACCCAAAAAUCAACUCCCUCUCGACGUUCAAGGAGGCGGUCAAGCAGCUGCAGUGGAUUGCAGGUGGGACGUGGACCCCCUCCGCCCUCAAGUUUGCCUACGACACGCUGAUCAAGGCCAACAAGCGCGACAAUGCAAAGGUCUUUGCCGUGGUGAUCACCGACGGGCGCCACGACCCGCGGGACGAUGACACGCUGCUCACCUCCCUCUGCCAGGGCGACGUCAUCGUCAACGCCAUCGGCAUCGGUGACAUGUUCUACAGAGCGGAGGAUGACGAGACCCUGCAGUCCAUCACCUGCAGGCAGGAUGGGCGCGUUCAGAAGAUGAACCUCUUCGCCGACCUGGUGGCUGAGGAGUUCAUCGACAAGAUGGAGGAACUGCUCUGCCCUGAACCUGAGAUUAUCUGCCCUGAUCUCCCAUGUAAAACAGAGCUGGCCGUUGCACCGUGCACGCAGCGUCCGGUGGAGCUGGUCUUCAUGAUCGACGGCUCGGAGCGGAUGGGCGAGACCAACUUCCGUCUAGUGCGUGAGUUCGUGCAGAAGGUGGCGAAUGAGUUGCCCCUGGCUACGAGCGACAGUGACGUGUCAAGGGCCCGCCUCGCCGUCCUGCAGUAUGGUGGCGAGGCGGAGCAGCAGCUGGUCUUCGGCCUGAGCUACAACCUGACCGACAUCCUGGACUCCCUGGCCACCAUGAAGUACCUGGACUCGGCCUCCAACGUGGGCUCCGCCAUCAUCUAUGGCAUCCACAACCUGGUUCAGAGACCCACCAGGCUGGGGUCGGAGCUCUCCUUCCUCUUCAUUACGGACGGCACCAGUGGCAGCAAAAGCCUGGGUGAGGCAGUGGACGCCAUGCGCAAGCAUAACGUUGUGCCCACGGUGAUCGCGGUGGGCCAGGAUGUGGACAUGGAUGUCCUGCUGCAGAUAGGGUUAGGGGAGAGGGCCGCCAUCUACCGCGCAGAUGACUACUCCCAGAUCCUGCAGCCAACCUUCUUCGAUAGACUUUACAGGUGGAUCUGUUAAGGACUUCAAAUUCAAUGCCCUACGCUCCCCAGAAGGUUGGCGUAAGGUCUGUCCCCAAGUACCUUAUAUUAGUUUUAUGUUAUUCAGGAAAAGAUAAAACAAGGUGCUUUCUUUUGUACUCAUGUAAUUAUUUUCUUCAUCCUCAUUUUCCUCCUAUCAUUUUGUACAUUUCUUGCUCACCAAGCCUGAAGACUUGCUAGGGGUUGCCAACGCCGUUUUGGUGUUUCCUUGGGGUGUUGAUCACAGUGACCCUGUCUCCAAAGUCCUGUCAGUCACUCAGUAUGUCCGUGCCUGUGGCAACUUCCUCACACCCACUGGAAAAGCAAACAGCCAGCUCGUGCCCCACUGGGACAAUGCUUCAUCAUUUUCUUUCUACCAAAUAAUAAUAGAAUUUGUCCAGAGCCUACUUUUCUUAUUUUUAAGUGCCACUAUAAAUUUUCUCUUUUCAUCAACAGGGUCACCUGUGCAGGUAUCCUUACAAUGCCAGGACAGUCCUGGAUAUUAAAUAGGAAAUUCCUGGAAAUGCCAGGACAAUCCUGGAGAUCAAAUAGGAAAUUCCUGGGUUUGUCAGGACAGUCCUGGAGGGCUGGAAGCCCUGCAGCUUUUUGGAGAAACAAAUGUUCUCCUUAUGCCUCCGCCUGCUGUCCUGAGCAGCACAUUAUUUUUGAUGUUUUGUAACUUCUAUCAUUGAAAUGUGCACUGUUAACUCAAAUUUCUCUGAGCAAACUAGGGAGUAUCACUUGAUGCCAAGGUUUGAGAUGGAGGCCAGCCCCUUGCAUUAAAGCUUCCUCUUCCUCCCACUGCCUUCUAAUUGAAAGGUGAUAAAAGGCUAAAACCACAGGCAGAUACCAGCAUCUUGCUGCUGCCACAGCUCCUCCCUCCAUCCCAACACUCCUGGGGGAAAAAAACGCAUGUAAGGUGACACAAUAUCCAAUCCCAGUGUCCCUUCCCACCAGCACCACCCCAGCAAGCUGCCUACUCUAACAUAGGGUAUAGGACUGUGGAGAAAUACUUGUCACUGUAACUGGAUACAGGACCACAGAGAAAUACAGCCCAUUGUAACUGGAUACAAGGGUGGAGAGAAUACUGCCCACUGUAACAACACUGCCCACCUUAACACGUUACCUUGGCUCUGUUCCCAGAUACCACUACCCUCAGUGCAUUACCAGCACGCAGUCUGUGAUCUUCCCAGUCUAGUUCCCACCACUUAAAGCACCACUAUUUAAAUUGUACAGUGGCUUAUAACUGACCAAUAACCAUAACAAGCCAUGUCAUUCUCAGAUUUUGCUGAUCUUGGGAGAAACAGUUGUGGAAAUAGAUUAGUUCACACCUUGAAAUGACACAAUGAAGGCAAACACAAAUGGAAGUAAAUCACUUGUCAUUAAGGUGCAGUUAUGUUUUGUGUAGAGAAACCCUCUUAACAUCCUCCCAGUGGGUCGCUGUCUGUGCUAAGCACAGGACAGAGCUUGGGCAAAGCCUGUUGCAGAGUAUUAGUUCCUGAGAGCUGCAGUCAUCCCAUUGUGUGGUCGGGCCAUGUUGUUCCUGUCAUCCACUAUAGGUGGUAAAAAAAACACUUGCACAAACACUUCCUCCAAAAUGUUGUGGGAAGUUCAUGGAUAAAAUGAGAGGAAUGGAAUGGGCCCCUAAACUUUGCAAUCACUUGAUGUGACUCCACACAUACAAGCUUUCUAAAGGUGCUAUUUUUAUUACAAUGGUAACGUUUUAUUAGUGGGGUGGGGAGGGGAGGUGUUGUGGGGCUCGGGAGGCUGCUGUUCUCCACGCCAGUAGGUGGCGGUAUUGUGCAAUGUGUAAUGAGGGUCCUUUUCCACUCAGUGAAGUUCAGCUGAAGACACUCAACCAGAUGGAGGCAGUUCCAUUGAAUAAAAUGUACCCAAAUCAUUGGCUCUCCCAGAUGCUGGCAAGAUCUGCCAAGGCCUCCAGGCGUCUUCGUUGUCCUCAAAACUUUUGGUGUCCAGAAAGUUUAGAUGUGGUGUAAAGUGACUUGCCCUUGCCUAGUGCACAAGGUGUGGUGCAUUUGAAGCGAAAGCAUGCUGAGCCUCCCUCACUAAACAACCUCCUUGUGUGUCCUGCCUAUUGUUAGCUCCACGCACAGGGUGACAGCCAAGUCUGGCAGCUGGUGUGCAGGAUCCAGAUGUUGCCAGUAGGUUCCCACCUCCCCCCACCACCUGCUGCCCUUUGUAACACACAGCAAGGGUGCUGGAGUGGCAGGGCACUCUUAGUGUAAGAUGUCCAGCAGCUCAGUCCUCUUCCCUGGCAUCCAGCUCAGUGAGGUCCUGUCAGCACAGUGAGGCUCAUCGGACUUGCUGGGUGAAGCAGCCACCCUUUGACACUAAGUCCUGGUGGGCUGUGCCUGUUUUCUAUUGGAAAGCCGCAAAGCUUUGUAAUAUACAUUUCUAGAGAAUGUUUUUUUUUGCGUUGAAAUAGUCCUUAUCAGUUGUUCCACAAAUGUAUUUUCAUACAGUCUGCUGCAUCCAAAUUUGAAUAGUUCUGUACUAAAUACUAAAUAAAUAAAUGGAUUUUUCCAAAUA